AUGACUGAAGAUGAAGUAAAAGAAGCACCGCUGUGGGUUCUGGCUCUACAUCCAGUUUCAGUCCUCACUGGUGUCUCGGAGAAAGAGCUAUGGAUUCUGAUUCUUGGUGCUGCAUUUGGAUUUUCCUCAUACGGACCGAUCGCCUUGUUCGGAGUGAUUGCGAGUGAAAGCGCCCCAUCCAACUUCUGCGGGACGUCCCACGCCAUUGUAGCUCUGAUGGCAAAUGUUGGUGCAUUCAUUGCCGGCCUGCCAUUCAGUACCAUUGCCAAACGCUACAGCUGGGACACAGCAUUCUGGGUAGCAGAGGUCUCCUGCGCCAUAACCACAGUUUGUUUCUUCUUCGUCCGUAACAUGCGCACAAAAAUGGGCCAUGUGCCUAAAAAGAUGGACUAAUCCUCUUAUUAAAUCCAAUCAGAGAGCCCUGCCAAUGUGAGAGCACUCGGACAGGACAUUUACAUGCCAGUGAUGCAUUAAUGUAUAUUUUUAUCACGCAUCUCAAUUCGUUUGAUUAUGAUAUUAAUAUUUGUUUCUCAAGCUUAUUCGGCAGCAAUAUCAGACAUUAUUUUAGAGAUAAACCUUUUGUUACUGUAAAAACAGAAAUGUUUACACACUUUUUGAGCACGGAGAGCUGUUUACUUUCUUAGUAUUUAUUAACAUGAAUAAUUUCACAUGAAUGUUGUUUGAUUCGCGUACGAUUUGUGUACGAUUGUCCAGUGUUUAAGUUACAUUUCAAGAGCUUUGGUGCUGAAAUGAGCUUAAAUGUACUGUAUUGUUGUUUUGCACUUGAAACAUCUGUCAUUUUGUCACCGGA